AUGGGUGUGUUGAUUGGCAACAAAAUCUUUGUUCAGGGUGGCUAUACAUCUGUCCUCAAUAACGUCCCCGGACCAGCCACCAACGAAAUGAUCGUCUUGCCCAUUGACCAAUCCUUUCAGCUAUCUAACCCACCAUAUGAAGCUGACAGUGGCACCAUGCCUGGCUCACCUGCCGUACUAGGCCAAGCCAAUUUCUUCGGAGGAUACAAUAACAGUGGCUUCUAUAUGUUUGGUGGCCAGAUAUCCAACUCUUCUGGCCGAGUAGAAAUUUCAACCUUGUACAUGUUCAACACCACUCACUACAACUGGACAGUCAAUCCUCAAACUACAGGACAGUGGCCGGAACCACGUGAUUCAGCCAGUGGCAUUUCACACCUUGCUACUGGCGAUGGCUAUAUCUUUGGAGGAGAACCACAAGUCUCUGGCUCUAGCUGGCUUUUCAAUACUACCUGGAGAUUGCAAUAUGGUAACAGCUGGAGCGAAGUCGGCGGUUCAGCCCCCGGUGGAGGCCGCCAAAGCCAUGCUGUAGCUAUGCUCAGCGAUGGUCGCAUGGUUAUUCUAGGUGGAUCGGACGGUGCUGGAAACUCCAUUCCUUUAACAGAAGUCCUCGUAUUUGAUACCAACUCAGGAACUUAUACAUCGAUGAAUGCAACGUUAUCUGGAUCAAACCCUGUUCCUCGUUUAGCACAUACUGUUGUUUCCACUUAUGAUGACAAAGUCAUUGUACACGGAGGCGAUGGUGGAAAUGGAAAGUUUCUCUCCGACAUCGCUGUGUUGGACAUGAAGCAAACCAACUUAGCUUGGACCGUUCCAACCACCACAGGCACAGCCCCAUCAGGAAGAUUAGCGCAUACAGCUAUCAUGGUGGGUACGCAAAUGUUCAUUAUGUAUGGACAGACAGGCGCAAGCAGUCUAGACAACGGAGUAUAUGCCCUAGAUACAGCAGGAUGGGCAUGGCAAACCAACUAUACGCCAAAGAAUUUAAAUUAUACCAACACUGGAAUUUUACCAGCGCCUGCUCCAGGAUCUGAUCAACCCAGCACACAAAAUUCUGGUGAUGGGAUAGAUAAUACCAAUGGUUCAAACGGCAACACAUCUAGCAGUGGCGGUGGUAAAGGCUCCAACGGAGGUGGCGGGAACGGUGGUGGCAAGACUAACACUAGUGCCAUCAUAGGCGGGAGCGUAGGAGGUGUAGCAUUGGUAUUGAUUCUAGCGGCGUUGGCGGCAUUCGCCUGGUUGAGAAACCGAAAGCGCAAGGGAGAGCCGCAGAAAACCUCUGUAUACCCGCUCCCAGGAACGGAUUCACACAGAGCUUACUUUUCCAACAAUGCAUAUGAUAGUGCUCCCCCAUAUUAUCAGCAAAACGCCCCUUGGAACAAUGGACAGAAAACCUCCAUCAGUCUCCAUAACGACAGUUCUGGGGAAUUCGCAUCCAACCCUACUUCCAACAACAAUACUUCCCAUCCUUUGCCCGUUCCUAUGUCCAACCCUACUGCGUUCCAUCAUGAUGCUGCGGCGCAAAAACCCAAUACUCCAAUCGAAUUCCAAAAGCCUAACGCCGGUGACUAA